AUGAGCAGCUUCAUCACCUCGCUGCUAAUUGAGCUCGGGUUCCGCACACCAUUUCCCCGCACAUUCCAGCCUCGAGGCCAACCGGUGGCCUCGCCGAACGAACCGACAAACCCCCACUCGAACCAGAACGGUGAUUUGACGGGUCUCGAUAUUGGUAAAGACUCUGUGGUACUAGCGCGGACCAGCGGAGAUGCAGGAUCUUUACCUGUGCCUCCCUUCUUUGCAACCUUACCGAAAGAGAUGGAUGGCCGAACGCCAGAGCCGGAAGGCACACGACCAGGGUCUCGUCAUGGCCCGGUUGCCGAUAGCCAAACUAUACCGGUGACCAACGCCCUACCAACUGGCCCUGUGCAGAACGAUAUCAGCGUACUUUCAGCGGCCUUGGAGGGUCAACGAUCCCAGCUGAAUGAGAUACCGGCGGACCAGACGCGGCCAUCGGGCACAGAUUUAGGACUGAGACUGGAUGGUGUUGGGCGAUCGCCAAGCGGUAUAUUGAACGUUGAUGAGCUCGGCCAGAUGUCCCUGCCGGCGGAUGAUGGAAUGGGUUGGUUAAGGAAGAAGAUUCAUGCCAUCCGGGAUCUGGACCUCAAUAAUAACGAGAAAGCCCGCAUGGUCCACGAAUUGAUGACAGAGAGCUACAACUCUUCUCGAAACUUACCGCCAGCCUUUCCAUCAAUGCUGUCUCCAAUGCUGAGUUCCCCGUGUAUAAACCAUCCGGCUAGUUCUCCCGCUCCGGAGAUGAAACAGCUCUCAGACCCAACACCAAUGAGCCCCACAUUUACAUCGUCGAUCCCGCAAUAUGAGAUACAAUUCUCACUUACCCCCAGCGAUUUACAACCGACGUAUGUUCCAAAAGUUGAGCCUGAAUCACCAAUGGCUGAAGUUGUCGAUGCUGCCGAUGAUGAUCCGGAUACGGAAGAGUGCGACGAAGCCAUCUUGGGCUGCCAGCACUAUCAACGGAAUGUCAAGUUGCAGUGCUAUAUUUGUAAAAAAUGGUACACGUGUCGGUUUUGCCAUGAUGCAGUCGAGGACCAUCCUCUCAUUCGCCGGGAUACGGAGAACAUGUUGUGUAUGCUGUGCGGCCAUGCUCAGCCUGCAGCACAAAAUUGCAGACACUGCGACGAGCAGACUGCUCAAUACUACUGCGAUAUUUGCAAGCUUUGGGACAAUGACAGUAAGAAGAGCAUAUAUCACUGUUACGACUGUGGAAUUUGUCGAAUUGGCCAAGGACUUGGCAAGGACUUCUUCCACUGCAAGACAUGCUCCGUCUGCUUGCCCAUCUCAAUCGAAGACACUCAUAGAUGUAUCGAACGGUCAACUCAGUGCGAUUGCCCCAUUUGCGGAGAUUACAUGUUUACAUCACCAGAGACAGUGGUCGUAAUGCGAUGCGGCCACAGUCUUCAUCACAAAUGUCUCUCGGAGUACUCAAAGACAUCAUUCCGCUGUCCUAUCUGCAGCAAGACCAUCACGAACAUGGAGUCAACUUUCAGAAAUCUAGAUCGCACGAUCGAAAGCCAACCGAUGCCCGCUGAGUUCAAAGACACUAAAGGUCUCAUAUAUUGUAAUGAUUGUGGAGCCAAAUCUGUUGUCAAAUACCACUGGUUGGGCCUGAAAUGUGAUCUGUGUGAAUCGUAUAAUACCGCUCAACUUCGGGUCCUGCAGGGAGGGGACAUAUCCGAGGUGCUUGAGGAGGAAGGUGUUGGAGAGAUUACAUCUCGACCGCGUGCAGCGUUCCUGAACCCGGACGGCGAGCCUGCAACCUCAUUGGCAGCACUGCAUCUUAACACGAAUCCUGCUUCUUCACGCUUGAGCGCUCCGAUAUCUGCCGGCACGGGCGAUGACAGGCGCUUUGUGUCUUACAAUAUGACUCAUGGGCGUGCUAUCUCCCCAGUGGUAAGCAAUUACUUUGGGUUACCCUCUGAGCGUGAAUCGGAGAAGCCGUCGUCGUUGCCUUUCUUCGGUAGCGCAUCCCGGGCUGAGGGUGAGACGGAAUAUGGUGCACUGAACUUCCUGAGCAAAAAGCUUCGAGAUAGAUAUGGAUUCCUCGCUGGUGAUACGGCAGCCGCCGAGACUGCCUCGACAGUUGAUGAGGAUGACGACGAUGAAGACGACAACGAGGAAUCGACGGACUCUUCAGACACAAACGAGGAAGAUAACGAAGAGGACGACGACGAUGACGGCGGGGAAUACAUUGAUCUUUUCGGCCAUCGAUGA